AUGGCGCCUGCAAUGAAUCUCCUCAGAAGUGUCGGGAAACAGGUAAUUGUGGAGUACGAAGGACGGGUCUAUUCCAUCCCGGAGCAAGACUUUCUGCAUAUGUCCCGAUCGGAUCUUAAUGCAUGUUAUGGAACGAGCGAAGGAACUGAUCGGGCUCUUUCCGAUACGUAUAGUGAGUUAAGUGAUGCGAACUCGUUUAACGAUCAUUGCUCGCCUCAAGCGACGAACCCGCUGCAUCCGGUAGUGUCUAGCAGUGCAGCAAAAGUCCUUUCGGAGCUUAAGGAAGAAGUGACCCGGUUGAUUGAUGAAUCGAUACAAAAAAUCGAACGUGAAUGGGUGCAGAACUCGAAUGCGGCUAAGGAUGUACCGUGUGAAGCAAUUCCACCAGAAGCAACGAUAGAUUCGGUCCCAUGUGCGGUAGAUACCUCCAUAAAUCUGCAUCCAGAUGGUGAUCGGGGUCAGCUAUCGCACAGAGAGCUAAAUUUGCAAGUACUUCAUACGGAACAGUUCGUGACAAGUAAGCGACAAACACGAAUGAAGUUGCUAAACGAAAUUCGCGAGCUUGUUGAGCGUUUAAAAGAUUUGGAAACAUUGGAAAUUUGA